AUGGAGAAGUUCCGGGCGGUGCUGGACCUGCACCUCAAGCACCGCAGCACGCUGGGCUACGGCCUGGUGACCCUGCUGACGGCGGGCGGGGAGCGCAUGUUCUCGGCGGCGGUGUUCCAGUGCCCCUGCACCGCCGCCUGGAACCUGCCCUACGGCCUGGUCUUCCUGCUGGUGCCGGCGCUCGUGCUCCUCGUCCUGGGCUACGUGCUGAGCGCGCGCACGUGGCGCCUGCUGACCGGCUGCUGCGCGUCCGGCGCCCGCUCCCGGGGCUCGGGGCUGCGCGGCGCCAUCGUGUGCGCGCAGCUCAGCGGGGUCGCCGCGCUCGCGCCCCUCACCUGGGUGGCCGUGGCGCUGCUCGGGGGCGCCUUCUACGAGUGCGCGGCCAGCGGCAGCACCUUCCUGGGGCGGCGCCUGUGCCGGGGCCGCGCCGCCAACUGCACCGCCCAGCUGCCGCUGGUGCCCUGCGGCCAGGCCACGGCGUCCGGCGUGCAGGACCUUCUGAAGGAAAUCAAGGCUCAGUCGCAGGUGCUGGGCUGGAUCCUGAUAGCAGCUGUUGUCAUCUUCUUUCUGAUUGUUACAUCCAUCACCCAAUGCCUAUCUCCAGUUAGUUUUCUGCAGCUGAAAUUCUGGAAAAUCUACCUGAAACAGGAGGAGCAGAUCCUUAAAAGCCAAGCCACAGAGCAUGCGACUGAAUUGGCAAAAGAGAAUGUUAAAUGUUUCUUUGAUUGCUGUCAUCCGAAGAAAUGCAACACCCCAAGCAUUAAAGACUGGCAGCAAAUUUCAUCACUAUAUACUUUCAAUAGGAAUAAUCUGUACUAUAGCAUGUUGCACAAAUAUGUUAACAGAAACGAGAGGAAUCACAGUAUCAGAUCUUCUGAAGGAGAUGCAAUGAUUCCUGUUCUUGGCUUUGUAGAUUCUCCUGCUAUAAACAGCAAUGCUGAGCUAUGA